AUGGCUGUUUUCUCAGUAGUGGACUUUGUUGUUGUGCUAGGCGCUGCGAAUGUCGUCUAUUUUAUCGGCCUUUCAAUCUAUCGUCUCUACUUUCACCCUCUCGCCAAAUACCCUGGACCGCUACUAUGGAAACUGACACAAUGGCCCGAGGCAAGAUCCGCGUGGUCAGGGAGAAGGCAUGUCGACCUAGCACUUUUGCAUGAGAAAUACGGCGAUAUUGUCCGGUUCGGACCCGACAAACUCUCCUUCCGAACCGCCCGGGCCGUGAACGACAUAUACACUGAUCGAAGAGCCAACAUGAUCAAAACAGGCUGGACUCAUACUGGCGAAAUGAUCAACCCGGGUAUCACUACUCACAUCCUCUCUGAUCGUCAACUCCAUGCCGCUAAGCGGAGACUGCUGAACAACGCCUUCUCCGAUCGUGCCAUGGGCAACUUAGACAAGUACAUCCUCGAACGGAUUCGUGAGUGGUGCGCAUAUCUCGCCCAACCUGACGAUUCAGACCCCGAGAAGAAGUCGUCGUGGAGCAAGGACCGUGAUAUGGCCCACUGGUCGACGUUUUUGACCAUCGAUGUCCUGGGUGAGCUCUGCUUCGGAGCGAGUUUCAAUGCCAUGAAGACAGAAGGCUGUUAUAUCAUGGAGCUACUGAUUUCGAGCGCUCGGUUUCAGCAAGCGGUUAGUGACAUUUUCCCGCCGUCAUCCAACUCGACGAUGCUGAUAAAUGCCAAGGUCUCUUUUCUCCCUCCGCGCGAAUUGCUAUUCCCAUUUAUGAAACCUCACCACUUGUACGCCAUCGGCCGGGCCGUCGGCUCCCAGGAAUUGCUGCAAAAAGUCCGCUUCCGCCAGGACAUAGGCAAAUUAGUUGAGAAGCGGUACGCCGUGGAGAAGGCUGACGCCGAGAAAUCAGAAGGGGACAAACGCAAGGAUUUCUUCUAUUACCUUCUCCACGCCAAAGACCCCCAGACAGGGGAGACGUUCCUGCCCAAGGAUCUCGUCGGCGAGGCGGCGUUGCUUGUCGGCGCCGGCUCAGACACCUCCAGCACGGCGAUCUCAGCUCUGUUCUUCUACUUGACGCGCAACGAGAGGGCGUUGAAGAAGUUGCAGGACGAAGUCCGCGCGGCAUUCACCGACGUCGAGGAGAUCAAGUACUCGGCCCGACUGACCAACCUGCGGUACCUGCGAGCGUGUAUCGACGAAGCAAUGCGUAUGUCUCCUCCUGUUCCGGGCCUACUCGAUCGCCUCGUCCUCCAGGGUGGUGCCACAAUCGAUGGCCAUCACAUCCCCGCCGGCACCACAGUCGGGGUUCCGAUCUACGCUCUUCACCACAACGAGACCUACUUCCCGAACUCCUCCUCGUUUAUUCCCGAACGAUGGAUCCCGGGACCCGAAUCCUCAGCCACAGCGGGAUUCCUUGUCACGCCGACGUCCGUAGAAGUCGCGAAGAACGCAUUCCACGCCUUCAGCUCCGGCCCGCGAGGCUGUGUAGGCAAGAACAUGGCGUAUAUGGAACUCUACACGGCAGUCGCGCGGGUCAUGUUCCUAUUCGACACGAGGUUGAAAGAAGGCGAUCACACAGGCGAGGGAGGAGCAGUCGAAUGGGCCACCGGCGCAGGUCGCCAUAGGAAGGGCGAAUAUCAGCUGAGGGAUUGGCUGAUAUCAGAUCGUGUGGGCCCGGUCGUGCAAUUCAAGAGAAGGGAGGGGGUUGAGUUGGCGGCGCCAGCGGCAUGA